AUGAUGCUUAAACGGUUCCAAAUUGCUGCAAACAAUCUAAUUCCGUUGCUUUUAAUUAUCUUGGGCCUGUUUAGGAUCUCAAUGCAAAGACACGAUCCUGGUGGCCAAGAGUCUCGGCAUAUUGGCCAUUCUUAUUCUACCUUAGCUAAUGGUCUUAAAUAUCUUAUUCUUGUUCAUCCAGAUAGCUCUAUCUCUCAUGUGAGUAUUGCCAUUAAAAAGUCCUCUUUGGCUCUAUCGAGUAAGGAGGUGCCUCUUUGCUAUCUUUUAGAAGCACUUCUCAAACACAAGCUAAAGCCCGAAAACAACCACCAGAUGUACCAAGAGUUUCUAAGUAAAGCCCAGGCUUAUAAGAUUUCCGAUAACAAUUAUUUCAUUACCGUUGAAUUUUUCUUAGAUAGUCCCCAUUGUCUAGUUCCAUUUGAGAUCUUGCGGUCUGUUAUUGUCAUUCCACCUAGACUAGAGAUAGUUUCCCAAGCCAUAAAGGAAUUAUAUCCAAACCUUCAGGCCGAUACAUCUGAAUUUCAUCUCACUGAAACUGAUGUCAUAAACAAAUGGCAUGCCAUGUUCAGUUUCUCGAAUAUGCGGUUAGCAGUAGUUGCGUCCUACGAGCCAACCGGUCUAAUUGAUUUUCUAAACCACUACUUCCACUACAGCCAACCAAAUCAACCAGGCCCACCCCCUAUAAUGUGCUCAUCGGACGCGGCCGCUGCUGAAUGCUUGUCUAGCCCGCCUCGACUAGCACUACAGCCGAAUGCAUCCGCAACUUCAUCCGAGAAAUCAGUAAUCGAUCUUUAUAUUCCCUUUCUCAGCGAUAUCAGAAACCAGACUAUGCAAUCACUAUCCGAAUUAUACCAUUUAUUCUCCUGCUGCAGCCACAAAUACACAGAUUAUUACCAAUGCCACCCCAAUAAUAGCCUCGAAAUCAGUGCCAUGUCAUUCGUUAUCCGGGAGCAAUUUCCAGGCGUAUGCUUCACCAUCACAGUGCCUAGUAAGGAUUUCAAUCUUGCUGAAGUUUAUAAUCUAGUGGAUGGGUUCUGUCAAGUCAUCAAGAAAUCGUAUCCACAACCAGGCUCGGCUUUAGUUCAGAUAUAUCAACAGAAUAUGUCCUCCAAAGAAGAAGCAGCCCCAGACAAUGUGGCCUUGAGUGUUCUUGCUAAUCUAGUUUCAAUCCAUAUGUUCUUUUCUGAGCCGGCUGACAUCGUUAACUUCGUCUUUGCCAGAACACCACGCUUCAGUAAUCUGAAUAAUCUGCUUGAAUUCGCAACGAAACGAGAGCAUUGGCAUGUUAAUGGCGAACUCGCCCCAUCUCACUGGCAACAGUUAUCAAGGGAGCUAUCUAUUAACCCACUCACAAAAUCAGCCAAUCCACCAGUGCCAGCGCCAGUGCCGGCCGCAACCGCGGAACUCAACGAAAUAAGGAAUCUUAUAUACCUAGGCCCCUCCAAAACUCAGCCGGUCCAAACUUCUGGUACCCUAACCACCCGAGAACAUGAUCCCGCCUGCUCUAAUUUUCCCCAAGAACCACUAAGAAACACCCCUACCUCGAGCAGCCCUCAUCCCCCAGCCAGCACUAAUUCACCUUAUUUUAACCCACCCAACGCCAACCCCCCUAAAACUGCCCCGAUUAAAGUGCUCCAAAGAACUAGCAUCGAUUCUGGUCUAGAGGCCUGUCUUUUCACUCGAACCCAAGAACCAAAUGUGUCUGUGGUUAGUAUUGCCCUUGUUACCGACGCUUAUCUUGACAGCAUUAAAACUUAUAUCUGGCAUGUUGCCCAUGUGCUACAAGUAUUAGAUAAUAUCAACGCCUUUAUUCGGUCUUGGCCUACGGGGACUAAAACAUCUAUUGACGCUCGUGUUACUGAGUGUGGCAAAAUCAUUGUUGUUAUUCGCGGGGCUGACCUUAAUGUUGCCUAUCUAACGAUGCUAUUCUUUUCAGAAUACAAAACCACAUGCUCAGAUCUCACUAAAGAAGCAAUGGCUAUCACUACGGCCUACGGCUUCUUUCGGGAGGCAGCCAAUGACCUAUUAUCAACCAUGCAAUACACCCUGUUCGCACGUGUUUGGAAGUGUCCUUUCUACACCCCCGAUCAGUGCUGUGCGUAUAUUGAACAGUUUAGAGCGCUUUCUUAUGUUACUCCAAUCGUUGAUAAAGCUUUAGUCAAGAUAAGAGUUGAAAACAUGACAGAUAAUCUAUUCAAGUUAAUAAUUAAGAUAGUCAGACAGCACAUUACACCCAAGCCGGCCAUUAAAUAUAAGCUGGUUCGUAGUCCCGACAGACACCUACCUUUAACGUGUGAAUCAAAGCUAAUUUCGACUUUCGUUGGGAACUUCCAUAUUGAUCCAGUGGCUACUUUAAAUACAACUAAUUAUCACAUUCUGGGAUACUAUCUACUGCUCAUGCGGCUCCCGCCAACAGGGCUCGCUAUGCAUGCUAAUAUUGAGGAAAUCGUUACCUGGCUAAAUGAUCAUGCAUCCGCAUCUUUCAUGACACUCCCUGAUUUACCAGAAAUGCCAUUCGACCAUCCUACACACCCCGAGCUGGCGUUUAGUUCAGAGAUACUCAACAGACUUAGAAUGGCUAUUAAUGUCUUCGACGAUACUGUUGUUAUAAAUCUUACCUUCCUCGGAGAAUAUAGUCCGGCUGCUGUCUUACACACAAUUAGAGCCUAUUACAAAUACUUGUGUUGGAAAGCUCACUCCCUUACUUCCGAAGAGUUUAAGGACUAUAAGAAACAAGCACUGGAUAUAUUUACUGAGGACGAUAAUGUCGAAGCUCAUCUCAAACAGAGUUGUCUAAUUUUCAGUUGUGGAGACUUAUGGCAAGAGCCUUGCUAUCGAAAAAGGUUUGAAGAGGUUCUUGAGCAAAUGACUAUAGAGGACUUCCGUUUAUUUGUUCUAAACCACCACCAAAAUCCCCUUGUCGCAAUAUAUCCAGGCUCUCAAGAAUCCCCGCCUCCACAAAACCCCCCAAAACCCCAACAAUCUCGACAACCCCAACAAUCUCGGCAAAACGAACCGCUAUCUACACGAAAACGUGCAUCAACUAUACCCUCAGCUAAACUCGCCUCCAAGCGUGCCUUUAAAAAGCGUAAGCAACGCAACCUAUCUAGGCAAUAA